UCGGGCUCCGAAAAAUGGGAGAGCAAUAAGAACAAAAUGGUCGCUGAGUUGAGUCCACUAUUUCUGUAAGAGGACGCAAGUUGACCUGAAUCAGAGGACUCUACUAUAAUCUUCUAGGCAAUUGUCUACGACGAGAGGUUUCCCUCGUACUUCCUAGUCUACGUCUGAAAUUGGCCUCCAUCCAUGGCACCCAACUCGAACCGAGGAUUUCACGAAUCAAGCGACCACUGGAAGAUCUGACAACGCCCAUGGUGGCUGAGACAAUAGCGCCUGAGACGUUGAUCUCUAUCGCCAUAGCUUGCAGCGCCCUUCAAUAUAGCCUGCCAUAAGCCGUAACCCCUUGGAGGUCGUUGGGAAUAGCUUUAGUCUUCGGUGCAUUUCUUGAUGGUCAACCAACCCACGAAGGACCGUUUCCCGUCAUAUUGCUCGAAAGUUACGCGCGCAUAAACCCCCCUGAGACCAGAGGAUCUAUUGAGUGCCAACGACCGUUGUCUUGAUCGGGGAGCGGCAAACGGGUCGGAUUCCGGGGACGAGUUGGGAGCCGGUUUACCUGGGUCCAAUACAAGCCCAGCAGCCUUUGUUGCACCUCUCCCUUCCAAGAAAAUAUCAUUCUUAUCUUGGAUACGAGUUGGGGCCUAGAGCUUGGUUCACGGGCCUGCAGGUAAGACAACUUCAGUCUCAACUGCCUGAUAACGGAAAGAUCGAUGGAGUUGAAAAUAGACUUUGGCAAUUGUCAGACUUACUGUUUCCUUGUUUACGAGGCAUCUCACCUCCCCAUCCGGCUGAAUCCAAAGACAGCGGUCUCGGCCAGGUUACUGUUCCCCGGAGGCAGAACCCAGGCUAGGAAUCAGCUCAGAUCCAGGAUACAGAGUGGUCUACACCAAUCGUGUUGAGUCAUAAGCUGACGCCCAGCGGCUGGUUUGACGUCCAUACAUGCCACUCAUGCUCAGCUCUAGCCCUCGUAGCCAGCAUUUGAAUCCUUCAUGCAGUCGUGCUUCGUCUUUUAAGCUUGAGAACCCUCAGCCCCUCGCACUGUAACUGUCCGAUUGUCUUCCCCGUGCUCACCAUGGCAUCAUUAUCCAGCCCCGGUGUUGCCUCGAUUCCCCAGACACCAACCAUCAAGUUGCGUGGAAGCUGCCACGCAUGUGCCCUUUCCAAGUUGAAAUGCAGUCAGGACAAGCCCAGUUGUGCACGGUGUACUAAGAGAGGCACAACAUGCCAGUAUCUUGCCAGCAAGCGCGCCGGUCGUAAGCAGGGCAGUCGAACAGGCAGCAAUAGAGACCCUACCAAGUCUGUCAAUCAGCCCAAGCCUAGCGAUGAAGGCGACGACCGAAAGAACUUUCUGGCAGCCUCUACGCAACUUAUGCAUUACGCUCUUCAGCAGGACCGGAGUCUUGACUCCUACCGAGGACAUCCGCAUCAUCAGCGUACACCAAGCUAUCCAGAUAGUGUCCCGAGCCUUCUCUCGUCUGCCGGCCCCACGACGCCGCUCACGUUCAGUCACUCUGAUUUCGAGAGUUUUCUGUCUUCGCCUGUUUCGUUGUCAAUGCUGGACGUCCCCGAAGUUGACUACUUUGCCGGCGCUGAAAUCAACUUCAGAGACCUCAAUGACUUUCCUGACCCUGCCGCAUUUCUUACCCCGGAGGACUCGUUACCAAUGCCUGAAGAUAACCUCUCAAAGUCUUCUCCGGUGCCAGAGUCUCAAACAUUGUCAACCGAUAUGCCGUCCUCGCCCCCUCCAAUAGACCUAUAUACUCCCGCGAGUAUACUGCAGUGUUCAUGCUUUUCUCGCUCUUUAGCUCUUCUCCGAGAAUUAUUUCCCAACCGUACGGCCUGCUGCGCCACUUCCAGUCGAAACAACGAGUACUCCACGAAUCCUCCACCAACAAUUCAGCAAGUGAUUACCCAAAACGAGAAGACAGUCACAGAAAUUGGCCAAAUAUUGGACUGCUACUGCUCCCAGGAUGGUUACACGCUCACUAUCAUUACCCUUACAGUGUUGAAAGUCCUUGCCUGGUACGGUGCUGUUGCCCAAGAGUCACGCGCAGCCGGUGAACAGCAAAUACACGCUGAACAAAUAGACAGAACACCGGUGGUAAUUGGCAGCUACCACCUCAACGGCGAUGAGCAGAGUCGCAUGGCCGCACAGCUGGUCCUCAGCGAACUGCAUCGUGUGCAGCGGGUUGUGAACGCACUCUCCGAGCAGCUCCAAAGUCAAGGCCUACAAGAGAGCGUGGGAGGAAGGCCAGAUAGUACUUGCUUAGACGGACAUGAGUCUGUCUUACCUGUUCAUCUCUUGGACCAGCUGGCAGCCGAUCUCAGGGCUCGACUCCGCGGUUUGUCUGGUCAGAUUGUUGAUCGGUUACGUCGGACUUGACACUUUUCUCCUGCUUGCCUGUGUUUUGAUUGCCGACAACGACCUGCAUAUCUUGGAUCAUCAGAUGAGUUGCUGAUACCAAUAAGAAUCUAACCUACGGACCGCUCAGGCAAGGGUCAUCUUUUAGUUCCAAGUUAACUGAUGUGCAACUCUCGUUUCCAAUGCCCUGUCAAGAGAUAGAACGAGUCGUUUUAGAACUUGACCGGUCUUGUAUAAAAUACUUGUAUUCCUGGCCCGGCAUUCCCUGCUUACCCUAGCCAUGCAAUUAUAGCACUGCCAUAUUAUUGGUCUGUCAUACCCAGCUUAUCCCAGUUUGAUGGCCAACCACUGCCAAAAAUUACCAAUUCCUCAGCUCGCCCGGACCCCAAUUUCGAUGGCUUUCUACCCGGCGUCUUUCUUACAUGCCGUUCCCCUGCAUGUAUUGCCUGCCCAAGCUCCUGGCUACCCAAGUCCGCUAGUUUCCAUGAUUCAUUCCCAUGAAAUUCCUGUUCCUUGCGUCUUACGUUCAAAGCCACAUUAGCUUUCACGUUGCUAUGCUAGUGCGCUUAGACCAUGCGAUUAGAACCGUUUGUUGUUUAUAUAUAAAGUGUAUUAUAUGCCAAUCAUAACUUAUCAUCUCUCCUCUAGCCGAU